CCCCACAUUGUCUCUGCUUCAUUUUCUCUCCUAGUUGAGGAAAAAAAAAAAAUCACCAUCAUUCUCAGGGAGCCCCCUCGCCCUCCGAAAAACAAAACCAGACAUGAUCCUGGGCUCCCGCCUCUGAAGGAUUUGCCCGACCGAGGAGGAGGGAGCUGAGGUCCAAGUGGCAGGAAAGGUCACGGCAGGGUAGCCCCCGCGGCCCCUCUCGGCCUGCGCCCCGCGGCCGCUCAGCCUCCCGCGGCCUCCCGCCCCGUCCCCCCGACUCUCCCAGCAGCUGGGCCGAGAACUCCUCCCUGUUGAUGGUGUAGCGCAUCAGGGGAAGCAUUUUUGAGACGUUGGGGUUGUUGGAGUGGUUGGAUUUUCCCUUGAAUUGAGUGAGAAAUUCAGAAGACUGAAGCCCAGGCUUACUGUCUACCUUUCACGGAGGCCUAGCCGUGAGAGGACAGAAGAAGGCACGUGGCGAAUCAUGACAACUGACAAAGACAAAGACAAAGAGAAGGACCGGGACCGAGAUCGGGACCGAGAGAGAGAUAAAAGAGACAAAGCAAGAGAGAAUGAGAAUUCGAGGCCACGCCGGAGCUGUACCUUGGAAGGAGGAGCCAAAAAUUAUGCUGAGAGUGAUCACAGUGAAGAUGAGGACAAUGACAACAAUAGUGCCACCACGGAGGAGUCCACAAAGAAGAAUAAAAAGAAACCACCAAAAAAAAAAUCUCGUUAUGAAAGGACCGAGACUGGCGAGAUAACAUCCUACAUAACUGAGGAUGAUGUUGUCUACAGACCAGGAGACUGUGUGUAUAUCGAGAGUCGGAGGCCAAACACACCGUAUUUCAUCUGUAGCAUUCAAGACUUCAAACUGGUCCACAACUCCCAGGCCUGUUGCAGAUCUCCAACUCCUGCUUUGUGUGACCCCCCAGCAUGCUCUCUGCCGGUGGCAUCACAGCCACCACAACAUCUUUCUGAAGCCGGGAGAGGGCCUGUAGGGGUAAGGAGAAUCCCGUUUUUAAAAGCUAUCAGUAUUUUAUAUCCCAUAGGGAGUAACAAGUACAUGCACAGAGGAAGCAAAAUACGGGACUUGCCUUACCCCUCUAGGACAGUUCCAGAAGUUAGUGGGGUUUGGUGGAAGGGUAUUUUGGCACCAGCAGAGAGCAUGCUGGGCUGCUGCAAGGAGCAGGAGCUGGCAAUCAGCAGCGAGUAUGGAUGUUGGCAACUGAAAUGGGGAAAAAAGGGG